GGAACGUAGAUAAUAUAAAUAAGCAUGUAUUCUUUAAACUGCCGCCCUUCCUAUCGAAAGUUCUUGAUCCGCCAUUUAUCUAUGUGAUAAAUUUAGAGACAAUGAAUAUCUACCUAAAGACAAUUUAUUUAUGAACUAAUUACAUACUCAGUGUAGAAUAAUUGUCCUUAACUUGAUGCUUACAAAAUGUGUAGGUAAAUUAUUUUGGAAGUUCCUUACUCCCUCCGUCCCUUAAAACUUUGUCAUCUUUUCUUUUUGGGACGUUCCAAAAAACUUUGUCACUUUCCCUUUUAAUAAAUUAUUUUGUGGUUUCUAUUAUUUCUCUCUUCUCUGCACAAAUCUUAACCACACAAUUUUUACUUUAUUAUUCUCCGUGUCGGUCAAUUUUGGCAAAGUUUUAAGGGAGGGAGAUAGUAUAUGUUAAGAGGAGUAACUAAUUAUUCAAAGAUAUGAGAAUGUGGAAGUAGAUCCGCACAAGAAAAGUCCACUUUGGUUGAUUAAUUUAACUGCUCUAGUUUUUGUUGGUAUGGCAUGGCCUUCAACUUCGCCGCUGCUCCAAGAACCGUCGCGAUCUCAGUGUUCCUCGUCGCCACCGUCAUCUUCUUCAUCCUCUGCCAGCCUGCCUAUUCCUCGAACCGCGUUUCAUCCAGUCAUAGGUCACUUCUCAAUUCCUCCCAACCCUCCUGCAGAUUUUUCAGUGACGAAUCCGAUGGACUGUUCAACUACUACUCCUUCCAUUCCUGCCUCUUGCGCUACAACCCAUUCCUCUCCGUCCCAUUUCUUGGUCUCUUCGUGUUUCUUUACUUAUACAUCCCCAUCGCUAUAGCGCAGGCCCACUUCUCCGUCGUUGUCACCAAGCUCGUCGCUCAUCUUCGGCUCUUUCCAUCUAUGGGCGCGGUGACGCUUUUGGCGCUCGGGAAUGGGGCCCUGGACGUGUUUGCCUCCGUAGCCGCUGUCAGGGGAGGCCAUCUGAAAACUGGAUUUGGGGCGAUCCUCUCCGCCGGGACCUUCGUGUCUGCUUUCGUUGUAGGGUUCGUUGCGAUUUAUGCGGCGCCAUUUGCAGUAGAUCCAACUCCCUUUGUGAGGGAUGUGAUGUUAUAUUUGACAGCGGCGAUGUUUCUGUUCUACGUGUACUUGAGCGUUGAGAUUUUCCUGUGGCAGGUUAUUGGGUUCGUAGGUGAUAGAGUAUAACUUCUUAGAGAAGUGAGAGCUAGAGAGAGAAGUGUAAUGAAUACUGCAAUAAAUGAAUUUGUCAAUCCCCACAAUUACUCUCAAGGAAAGUAUUUAUAGAGAA